GUUACGACUUUAAUGAAUAUGAAGAAUUUAACCUUUUGGACGAUGAUCUUGAACUGAGACAUUUAGAAAUGAACUCUAUACCCAAUGAUGCCUAUUAUUUUAAUAUCCACAAGAAAUUUCCUAAUUCACAACUUGAAGAUUUUUGGAAUGAAGAUUUAAGUCUUGAAACUGUUAAUAAUGAUGAAUAUAACAUGGACUGUAGUUUACCUAUUUCUCAUUGCAUAAGCAAUGCGAUAUCUGAGAUAAAUAGGAACCAAGAAUUUAAUUCAAGUUCAAGGCUUGAACUUCCUUUAGAAAGAAUUUAUGAGACGUGUCAAAUAAUUAUUGAACGGAUUCAAAAGUUACCUGAAAUUCCAUGGUUUCCAAAUGAUUCUAGAUCUGAGAUUAUUUUGGAUAAUGAUUUGUUGAAUAUUGAAUUUUUAUUAGAGUUACGUCGACAUCAUGAUGCACACUCAGAAAAAAACCUUGUACGAAUUAAAUUUUCUUCUAAAGACGAUAAUAAAAGGAAUGUUUUAAGUAGGCUUAAUAUUAAUAAGGCGAGCAGUUUAGUGUCACAUCUGACAAAAAAUGAUUUUAUCUUAACUAAAUCACGAGAAAAUAGAUGGAAAUCUGGUGAAAAAACUAGCAAUAAUCUAAUUGAGAAAAAUCCUAAAUUUGAUAACACGCCUUGUGUUGCUCAAAUUAUUGCUAUGUAUGAACGAAAUAAUUCAUUUCAUUCAUAUAUUGAUACUCCUGUUUCAGAUUUUGAAUCUCUUUCUUAUGUAUCUUUGAAAAUUUUCUUUCACAUUAAUGGUGCAAUUUUUUCAACAAUCCGUGAUCAUCAAUUUUAUAUUUUUUCUCACGUUGAACCUUCGCAUAUUGUUUAUCAUUUGGCUUCAAGUGAUAUUAGUAUUAAUGAGGAGGUAUUAGUUCUUAAAGGACAGGCAAAAGGGUUCUUUAAUGCAUUUAAGAAAUAA